AUGCUACUCCCACGACACUGCAGACGACUGGCCACAUUUGCGAUUGUCCUGGCGGCACUCGUCUGCUGGAAUUCAUUGCGGCAGUCACAUAGAACGGUGGUGAGAAAUGAGCAAGACGAACACCCACUGCUCACAAAGUACAUUCGAGGCAGCCGAGUGAAAGGUGGAGCUUUGCACCUGCCGAAAGAAUGGACGGAAAGAUCUACGAGCGCUAUUGAUGCCAUCCUGGCUGCUGCAGAACUCGUUCGCAACAAGACCAGCUCUGAUCCCCAGGGCCACAUCCCCAAUUCGAACAUACCGCGAAUCAUCCACCAAACAUGGAAGGAUAAAAACGUCGAGGCUUGGCCGAAAGCAUACCGUGAAAGCGCAGAAAAGUGGAUGCGCGUGGUAGAAGACAACGACAUCCCAUACUUAUUCUGGGAUGAUGUCGGCGUCGCCCAGUUCAUGAGAUACUUCGAACCAGAUUUCGAGGCCGAGUUCUACGCUCUGCCCAGCAAUGUCGAACGAUCCGACGUCUUUCGCAUCUUGGUCUGCAAAUGGAUUGGCGGCGUUUACGCCGACAUGGACACAGCACCCAUCCGCCCACCCACAGAAUGGAUAACCCAAACCGAUUUACUCCCCUGGACAGACCACAAAACACUAAAGACCUACCACUCCACCAAACCCGUAACGGCCAUCGUCGGAAUCGAAGCCGACAACGACCCCGAGCGCGAUAUCUACUGGCGCAUGGGCUACUUCUUCCCAGUCCAACUCACCCAGUGGUCUUUCGCUUUCGCUCCUCACCAUCCAAUCCUGCAGAUAUUCAUCGAUCGUCUGCGCGCGACGAUCCGGCUAUACGCCAGGGAUAGUAUGAUGGGUACCCAGCAGCCACUACCGGAUUCGUAUCCGGGGACUCUCGACUACGUUGAUCCUGUGAAUCUCACCGGCCCGAUCGCGUUUACGGAUGCAGUGCGCACGUAUCUUGAGACGGAGGGCGAUCUGCGCUGGGAUGCUGUGACAGGUCUGCAAGAUGGCCCUGAUGGGGGCGUCAGUAAGCUCGUUGAAGAUGUUCUCGUUCUGCCGAUUACGGGAUUUAGGGAGUCGUCGGUUCAGAGAUAUGGGAUCCAAACCUGUUACGCAUCAUGCGGCGCGGCUGUACCACCACGCACAGGGAUCAUGGAGAAAAUGGAACCUGCGGGUGGAGGUGGGCAAGUUCUGUCGGACGGCGUUUGGGCUGUGUAG